UGCGUAUGCUCUCAAGAGAUUCCUAUGGCUAUGCACGAGCGUUUACUUUCCUCUCUUCGAGAUGAAGAUCCGUACGUUAGAAAAACGGCUGCUUUGCUUGUGAACAAACUUUGUAGUGUUCAGCCAGGCUUGCUAGAACGUUUGGAAUUUGUUACUGCUUUAAAAAGUUUACUUUCAGAUUCAAAUCCGAUGGUUGUUGUAAAUUCAUUGACUGCUCUGGUGAAUCUUAAGGAACACACCAAACAAAAUCUUCUUGUUUUUGACAGCGGAAUUGUACGAAAGUUGCUGAUCGUUAUGAAUGAGUGCACCGAAUGGGGACAAAUAUUUAUACUCGACACCGUUUGUUCGUACGAGCCGACGAGUUCUGAGGAGGCGCAAUCGAUCUGCGAGCGAAUUAUACAUCGUUUGAGCCACUCAAAUUGCGCCGUCGUGCUUUCCACCGUGAAAGUUUUGUUAAAAAUGUCUAACUAUAUUGAUGAUAAAAAAGCUGUAAAGGCUCUUGAAAAAAAACUUGGGCCUUCCCUAAGUACGUUCAUUAGUUUAUAUUAA